GGUAGGGUUGAAGCGUGACGCGUGAUCUGAAAAUCGACUCCUCACGCAUUCAGCGAGAAACAAAGAAUGAGGACCUCAGGAGGGCGCUUUGAAAAUUUGCGUGGGUGGACAAGUUGAUAUUUUUCAUGAAGAUGCAUGUUUGGACGGUAAACGCGGGCAUGCCGAUUCGGGAUGACCAUGAUUUUGAAGCGAGGAAAAUCUUACGUUCGUGCGAAACGGUGAAAUAUCCAGUGCGGUGCGUAACGUGCAAGUUCAGUUCAUCAGGCCAUGACUUUCAGUUUAUCUGAAUUGUUUAUUUACAUGUAUAGUUCCACCGGAGAACCUUUGGAUUUUUCAGGGCGUUGUCUGAUGUCUCCAACAUGGAUCCCUACAUUGCUGCACUGACAUUGGCCCUAGCGGACCAGGCACUUUCCCUAUCACUCCCAUUCAACGCAGACGCCCAACUAAUCAGCACUUCUGGUGAACAUGAAUUCGUGCUCCCAAAUUUUGAGGCCGGCGAUCAGAGGGGUCCGUGCCCAGGGCUCAACGCACUGGCCAAUCACAAUUACCUGCCGCACAACGGCGUCGCCACUAUUGGACAGUUCAUAAUUGCGACCGUGAGAAUCUUUGGACUGGGCCCCAUCAUAGCUACUGUCCUCUCUGUAUACGGAGCACUGUUGGAUGGGGAUUCUCGACAAUUCAGUAUCGGAGGGGAGACAGACAAGGUCAAAUUGAUCUUCUCUACUUCCGGAGGUCUCUCAGGCAGUCACAACAACAAUUACGAAGGGGACGGCUCACCCUUCCGGGGUGACCGAUAUACUACAGGCAAUGUAGACAUACUUCAUGUUGACAAAUUCGAACAGUUUCUGGAUCGAUCACCGGACAAUAACUACACGUUCGACAUCAUAACUCAGUUCCGCGUAGAUCGGCGCAACCACAGCGUACAGACCAACCCGUAUUUCUUCUGGGGACCCUUCUCAGGGCUCUUGGUGAAUCCCGGGGCGUUUGCCUUCAUGCCCCGGCUGAUGGCCAAUCACAGCGCAGAACACCCCGAGGGUCACCUCACACGGGAGGUGCUGCUCCAGUUUUUCGCCGUGAAACAGACAGACAACGGCACCUACAAUUACACCGAGGGCCACGAGCGGAUCCCUGAUAAUUGGUACCGACGCCCGCUGGGAUUCGAAUACGGGCAGGUUCCCUUCCUGCUGGAUAUUCUGGCAAUGGCCGCGAAACACCCCGAGUUCCUCUCAGUUGGUGGUAACACUGGCGAAGUCGAUUCCUUCGCAGGCUUGGACUUCACUGACUUGACCGGCGGCGUGCUGAACUUCCAGGACUUGACCAAAGGGGAUAACUUCGCUUGCUUCGUUUUCCAGCUUUUGAAGAUGACGCCAAAAUUCACGGAGCAAACGAUCGCCGCAAUUUUGGAUAUCAUCAAUGCGGGCCUUGGAGCACUCCCCAACUCGACGCUUAGAAUCGAUUGCUCGCAGCUGCCGGGGUUCGAUUCGAAGAUGGCCAGAAGUUACUUUAGGGGCUUUCCUGGUUCAGAGGGAGUGGGACUUAAACCCAGGAAGCAAUAGGUGUUUAAUAGGCUUUAAAAAAUUGAAUUUAAAAAGAGAGCUCUCUCAAAAAAGAAAAAGAAAAAAAAAUUAUACAUUAACAUUAAGAAAAGGAAACCUCUGGUUUGAUACCUUCUCAGGCAACAUUUCCGAGAGGUAAAAUUUAAGUGAUGAAGUAUCAAUAAAAUUACCGUAACAACGAACUUAUGCUUAAAAA